GAAUGUGCGAGCUGCCUCCCUGCAAGCAGCCAUAAUUGGGAUUAUUCAGGAAUAAUUCGCCUAAUCCAGCAGCGUUGUUUUUGUUUUUUCUUUUGUUUUUUCCCUUUUUAGUCGUAGUUCCCACUUUUUAAUUCUCAUUAUUAUUAUUACCAUUAUUGUUUAUUUUUCAUUUAUUUAUCUCUACGUACGAGACGUGGCCUCGCGGCAGCGCGUUUGCAGUGUGGACCUCCCUCAUCCCUGGAUUAGCAGAAAUUAUAAUAAUAAUAAUACUAAUAAUAAUCAUUAUAAUAAUUAUAAUAAUAACAAUAAUGCAUGUGUUCUGUCGCCGCCGAGGCGUUUUUUCUUGUGGACGGUUGUUGAGAUGUAGCGCACCGUCGCUGGACAGCAAAACAAAGACCGCAUAUUUCCACAGCUCCGGGUAAAUACAUCGCCCCCCUUUUUGUGACUGAAAGAUGGGAAAAAGAGACGCGUCGAGGCUUCUGUCUGUGUGGACUAAUUGUUCUGCUGCCACCAGCCAAUAUACAUGAUGAUGAUGAUGAUGAUGAUGCCAAGGCGAUUCUUUUAAGGGGACGCGCGAGCCUUCUUCUUCUUCUCUUUUUUGGUGGGUGGGUUAUUGCAAGCAUUGAAAAUCUGACAUCAUUUGGAUUUUAUGAACUGAACAAGAUGUGUGUGCGUGUUUUUUUUUUUCUUCCUCCCUCUCUCCAUCGCCCUCUGGAAAAACCAUCCUCGACGUGAUGCAACAUAGAAUCUGUUUUCUCGGAUGAUAUUCAGAUUAAAUGAACAACAUCCCUCCCUGUGAAACAGGGUGGCAGUGGAUUUUUUCGCCCCCCUCCUCUGCUCUCCUCUCUUCUCUUCAUACCUACAUCCUAAAUGUGGCUUCUUCAUCUUAGAUCUUUUGUCCAGCUCUCCACCUCCAUCAUUACACAGCCUCUCCUCCGUCUUAUGUUUAUUUUAUGCUGCUCAAUUCGAUCCAUUCCCUGUGAUGGUUUUAUGCAUAACAGGUGUUGUUUGAGCCCGAGAGCACAGCAAGAGCAUGAAGCCUUAUUAUUAUGACUCCUAUUAUUAUGUGUUUUCCUCUCGGUUUAACAAACAGUGACACACAAAGAGACUUGGAUCCUUUUUUUUAUGAUUAUUGGGUUGAUUCUUUUUUUGUAUCGUGAGAGAAGACAACAUCUCUUCAAAGAUGAGGAUAUGAAAGGUGGUGUGCUUGUGGACAAAGAGGAAAGAUGAGUCUGUCAGGUAGAAAAGAUCCUCGCAGCCUCUCCUUGUAAAGACGAGCGAGCGGAGGGAGGGAAGAGACAGCGGCUGUAGGUGGAUCAGUUGAGAUCGUGCAGGGUCGAGCGAGGCAGGGCGAAAGAAUGGCGAACCAGAGCUUUGCUAUCGAUGGCCCUGGCAGUUUGCUGGCUGUGCUGGCUUCACAGAGCGGACUAGCAAGAGGCGGAAGCAGCAGCAGCAGCAGCAGCAGUGACGGCAGCAGCAACAGUGGAGGAGUCUCUGCCACAGAUAUGUCUGCCUACUUUAAGCUGGUCUUCUUGGGUCUGAUCAUCUGUGUCAGUCUUGUAGGCAACCUCUUGGUCUCCAUGCUGGUGCUAAGAGACAGGACACUUCACAAGGCUCCCUACUUCUUCCUCCUGGACUUGUGCCUGGCCGAUGCAGUUCGCUCGGCCGCCUGCUUCCCCUUUGUGCUGGUCUCUGUCCACAACAGCUCGGCCUGGACUUACAGUGCCUUGAGCUGUAAAGUUGUGGCUUUCAUGGCCGUGCUGUUUUGUUUUCACGCUGCCUUCAUGCUGUUCUGCGUGGCCGUCACGCGCUACCUUGCCAUCGCCCACCACCGAUUCUACGCCAAACGUAUGACCAUCUGGACCUGUGCCGCCAUCAUCUGCAUGGUGUGGACACUGGCCGUCGCCAUGGCGUUCCCACCGGUCUUCGACGUGGGGACAUACAAGUUCAUCCGCGACGAGGAUCAGUGUAUUUUUGAACACCGCUACCUGAAGACCAACGACACCCUGGGCUUCAUGCUCAUGCUGGCUGUGGUGGUUCUGGCCACGCACGGUUUCUAUGCCAAGCUGCUGCUCUUCGAGUAUCGGCACCGCAAGAUGAAACCCGUCCAGCUGGUGCCUGCCAUCAGCCAGAACUGGACCUUCCACGGUCCCGGUGCCACGGGUCAAGCCGCAGCUAACUGGAUUGCAGGGUUCGGUCGUGGUCCAAUGCCACCCACUCUGUUGGGCAUCAGGCAAAAUUUACACAAUCAACACCGGCGGCUGCUCGGGAUGGAAGAGGUGAGGUCAGAGCGGAGGCUGGGCAGGAUGUUCUACACCAUCACCCUGCUCUUCUUGGUCCUCUGGGCUCCCUACAUCGUGGCAUGUUUCUGGAGGGUGUUUGUCAAGUCCUGCACCAUCCCUCACAGGUACCUGUCCAUCACGGUGUGGAUGAGCUUCGCCCAGGCUGGAGUCAACCCCAUCUUCUGUCUCCUGCUCAACGAGGACCUGAGGAAAGUGCUGAGAGCUCACCUGCCCACCUACUGGAGGACUAAACAACACCUGCCCCAGGAUGAGGCCUACUGCAUCAUGUGAUAUGACAUCAGCUUAAUGACGUGAAUGUUUCAGGUUUUUUGCGGGAGAGUGUGGGCGAGUAGAAGUGACGUAAUGCACCUUGGUUUCAGUAGAAGUGUCUGUUUUGUUGUUUUGCACAACAAAACCAAAACAUUUUCGCCAACAAAUGCAGGCACAGCGCUACUUUAUGAAGAAUGUUGACGUGUGAAUAAAUGUGUCGCGGGUGCAAAGGUUUUUGAGCGGGGGCUGAAAAGAGAAGCAGCACCCCCCACCCCCCACCCCCCACCCCUCCCCCGGUAACUCUUUGAUGGUGUGUAUUUCUGAUGAUGUACCGUGCGAUAACUAGGUAGGAGAGAUCACCAACAAUCACCGCUCCGACUCGAGUGUGACAGAUGCCAUUUUAAAUUGAUGUUGCCUUAUUUCAGAGGGACACGCCCCAGAGUUUCCAACUGAGGAACAUUUCCUGUGUCACACGAGGCACAGAGCAGACACACGGAAGGGUUCAGAUCCUCGACAAAACAUGUGCUGUGGACUGUGAAUGGAGAACGUGACACUAACUCUGAAACACAUCAAUGAACACAUCAAUGGUCUGCUUUUGAUUGACAGACCACUCUGGACUCUGGUCUUUUCAUCUAUUUCAAAGGAGACUGCGAAACAUUGAAUGGACCCAAUAACCUUGGACACAUUUAAAUAGCUGUUGUGACCCUAAGAAGCCCCUAACAUGCUUGAUUUUUUUGGACUUGAUUUUAGGGCCUGUCGGGUUUCUUUGUAUCAUAAAAAAAAAAAAAACUUGCCUGUUUUUCCUUUACUUUGUAAACAAUACAUGUUAAGCAGAUUACACUAUUUUGAAAUAUGACUUGAUUUGAUAUUGUAUAGACUGUACAGGAAUGUAUAUUCCUGCUUGUGUGUUUUUAUAUAGCAUUUGUGUGUGUGUGUGUGUGUGUGUGAGAGUGAGAGAGAGGAAGAAAAGAAGAGGGGAGGGUGAAAGGAAAGAAAGACGGAGAUAAGUAACGAUCGCAAAAUAGGUUCCAGUACAAAUUUGAGUCAAUACGAAAAAACGGCCACCAUCUUGUGGUCUCACAAGUCACGCCAAAUUGAACGGUCAUCAUAUGGAAAUGUAUCCUUUAAGUGAACAGAUGUAUUCCAUAUGGUAAUGUACAGGCACACAUGUGCAAA